AUGCUGCGGCCGCUUCAACGGUUCGCGGGCCGCGCCUACGCGUCGCACGCACAUGUUGCCGCCCACGCCCACGCGCCGCCUUCAGCGUCUGCCGACGGCUGCCACGAGCGGCUGCUUGCCCUCCAGGCGCCUCUCACGCUGCCACCUCUGCCAACGUACGCAGACGCGCCGCUCGAACCAGCAACCGUCCACGCGACAGCGGUCGUGCACCCGGAUGCCCGUCUCGGCGCCGGUGUCGAGAUCGGUCCUUUCUGUGUCAUUGGUCCCGACGUCGAGCUGCACGAGCAUGUUGUCGUCAAGGCUCACGUCGUCAUUGAUGGUCGCACUCGCAUUGGUGCUCACACCGUCAUCCAUUCGUUUGCAUCCAUUGGUGGCGCGCCGCAGGACAAGAAGCACGUGCGGGGUCUCUCGUCGCUGGAGAUUGGCCACUCGUGCAUCAUUCGCGAGCACGUGACCAUCAACACAGGCACAAACGAUGGUACGACGCGGGUUGGCGACGGCUGCUGGGUCCUCGCCUCGUCGCAUAUUGGCCACGACAGCUAUGUCGGCGACGGCGUCGUGCUCUCGAACGCCGUCUGCCUCGCCGGCCACGUUCGCAUUGACGAUUUUGCGAUCGUCGGCGGCCAAGUCGGGAUCAAGCAGUUUGUGCACAUUGGCUCACUCGCGAUGAUUGGUGGCCAGAGCGCUGUUGACGGCGACGUGCUACCGUUUGGGCUGGCGUUCGGGAAUCGGGCCAAGCUCACAGGGAUCAACCUCGUGGGCCUCCGACGACGGAAUGUACCGCGGCUCGAAAUCAAGCGGCUGCUGCAGACCUUCCGCUACAUGUAUGGUCUCUCGUGCCACAACGGGUUUGCACCGCCCUUGCCACUGCCGCCCCACGACUGCAUCGUGGCCCGUGCUACUGCCGCGCGAGCGCAUUUUGCGUCGACGACCGAGACCAAUGUCGACAUGCAGCGUCUCGAGGCCAUGAUGGCGUUUGUGUCGUCGUCGCCGGACCGCGUUCGGUCGGCACUGUGCAUGCCAGCCUAA